AUGGUACGAAAUGGCAGCCCGUCGCCGGCGGACAACUUUCCGCUCGGCCAUUCGGCAACGUCCCCUCAACCUCAGCCUUCAAAGCGCGACAAACGGCGCAACAUGCUUGCGGAGAAGCUCGCAGAAAUGAUGGCUUCAUUUUCGGAGAACAGGGAUAGUCACUAUAGAGCUCAAGUCGCGGCGCUGCAAGCUGAUAUUAGCCUGAUCAUGAAGGCCGACCCGUAUGGGAAUCAGCCUCUUGAAGAUGGCGGAGAAGAAGCGACAGAACUCAUCACGCAGAUUAUGGGGAACAACGUGCCUUCGACACCUAGCGCCGGCACUGACUACAUUGCGCAAUGUGGAAGACACUAUUCACGCUUCGUAGACGCUGUCAAUGAUGCAAUGGAAGAACGCGACUAUAAUCUAACUAUGCUCUGGAACAAAAACGAGAACACCAAGAACGAAAUCGAGAAUGCGCACUACUACAAGGUCCAGAUAGCUGAGGAAGAGCAUAAGCUACUUGCUGCCACCAUUCGCGAGCGACUCAUCGCAAGCAUACAACAACGGACAAAUAAGCUGAAGCGAGAAAAGGAGCAAUUAGAUUUGUCCGACAGCAACGCAAUGCUUCUGCAUCCCAACCAAUUCAGCAUCGGACUUCCUGCUAGCCCUGGCGGACCGCAAGCGCCUCGCAAAACAAGGAGGACAGGACAUAAGUUUGGAGACGCCGAAGAGCUUGCUGUAGCUCAAGAGAACAAGCGGAAGCGGAAGCUCUUCGAAGACCAAGACAAUGACUCGCCAGGACCUGCUGGUCGCCCUAACGAAAUGGGUAUUGGCUCGCCCUUCCGCGAAGCCAAAGCGCGCACUGUCAACGCCCAGUUUGAAUCAGCCGCCUAUUCUAUCGAGCGGCUUUUUAGCGAGAAGGAGCUCAACAUGGCCAUGAAUCAAGCCACGACGGCCGCGUCUCACUUCUUUGCCAAGAUGAAGAAUACCGAGGCAUCACCACAGGAAGCCGCAACUAACGGUCAGACCAAUGGCACAAAUGGCGACCAUGCCUCUGAGAACGGCGACCCCAUGGACCAAGACCAAGAGUCAGAUGAUGUACCUGGCGCGUCAGACAUGGUCCGUCAGCUCUCUUCGAACCCCCACGCAACCCGUGGUGCCACACGCUCGGCACUCAACCCUACAGCCGCCAUAGUGAGCGGUCAAAUACCUCCGUUCAUCUACAACCCGCCUUUUGUUCUCGAUGCAAAGGUUUUCCAGAAGCUUAAUGCUUCAGCACCACCGCCACCCUCACUUUCGGCACAGGAUAUUGAGCAAGAUUUGAAGCUCAUGCUCAGGGAAGCGCAACCGGACGAUGAGCUCAACGAGAGACUCUUGCAAGCUGCAUGCAACCCUGUCAAGGCACGAGACUACCAGGUCCAACCACCACAUUUCUCUGAACCCGUAAACGAAAUGACAAGUGCACUCCGGAACACGGCGCCGCAUCUUGAGGUGGGCGCAGGACUGGGCGGUGUGCCCAUGAGUGCUCAGAGUAGCAUGGCUGGUUGGUCGGACGCAGGUGGUAAUACACCUGUAGGGCGUUAUGGGGAGAGGGAUACCCUCGCUGUUGGUGGCCAUGGUGGAGGUGUUGCGAUGACACGGACAGCAAGUGGCAGCGGAAGGGGACGUGGUAGGGGACGAGGAGGUGGUUAG